AUGCCAACCUUGACGAAAAAGAUCCAUCAAAAGUCCGAAACCCAGACGUUUCAGGUGAAAGUUUGUCUUUUCUUUGACCUCCGAACACCUGCGCUUCCCCCACUCGGCCUACCCAACCCACUCGUACUGAUGCCCUCAACAACCCCCGUCCAGAUUUUCAGGUGUGACGCAGCAGAACAGGUGGCCACUGUAGCGGGACAGAGACUCCCAGAUCCAUUCUUGGCAGCCAUGGCAAGCACACGCGUCCUCCUGGUUUCGCUCCUCAUCGUAUUGGUCUCCGCGCAGUUCGCUAGCGGGCAGAUUCGUAGGAACGCGUGUCUGCCCAAGGACAAGUGCCCGGACAGAAAGAGCAAGCUUUGCGGCCUCUACGCCACAUGCAGGACGCUGCAGAGCAUUAUCCCCGAUACCAACACCUGCGACGACUGCGCUGCUUACGACCUGAAGAAGAUGCCCGCUAGCGCCUGCAAUUACACAACAGGUCGCUGCCUCGCCAACAAGAUUGCCGGUAAGGCGUGCACCGCCAAGCAGUUCAACACGGUCUGCGACAAAAAAGAGCCCGCUUUCACUUGCCUUAAGGUCGAGGGUGUUCCCGUCACUAAGAAGGCACCCCAGGCAUAUCGCUGCUGCAGGAGGACUUGCCCCGUUGGCCUGUGCGGCAAGGGUUCGAAGCCGAUCUCUUGGAGGAAUGAGUGCAAUGUUGUGCUCGACUGCCCCACUGCAUGCGCUCCUCGUGCCGCGAACGCUGUCCAGGUUACAUAUUUGUAA